GGGCGUGGAGACUGACUGCAGGAGCCGCGGAGCCGGCGUUGGAGCGGUGCGGCCCGGAGCGGGCGGCGGAGACAAAGGCGACGAUAGGGCCAACUUUGAGCGGGUGGAUUUUUGAAUGAAACCUGGAAACCAAACGAGAAGGAAUCUUCAAGGAACAAUUUCUAAUAAUGAGUCUGCAUAGUCAUCUGUAUGUAUGAUGUGGUGUAUUCUCAACCCAGAUAUAGCUGAAUGAGUGGCUCCGUUGAUGAGGAGUGGCUAUCUGCUAUCCUCCCUGGGUCAAGACAGCUGCUUUAUACCUUCUUGCUAGUUCAGAAACACAUCUCUGGAACCAGAAGCAAAGAAAGGAAACAGUUUGACUCUUUAAGUUGUCUCCGUAAAGAUAUUUGACUUCCAAGAAUAAAGCCACAGUACAGUAAAACUAUCAGUUUGAUGAACAGUCCUCAUACCAAGGGUCCUACAUACCUUGGUGGGGUUUUCUAAAUUGAGAUUUGGAACCUUCAUUGGUGCUCAUUUCUGUCUUGGACUGUAAGCAUGAGUGAAUUCUGGUUGUGUUUCAAUUGCUGCAUUGCGGAACAGCCUCAGCCUAAAAGGCGACGACGUAUUGACCGAAGUAUGAUUGGAGAGCCAACAAACUUUGUCCACACGGCUCAUGUGGGAUCAGGAGACCUGUUCAGUGGGAUGAAUUCCGUUAGCUCCAUUCAGAACCAGAUGCAGUCCAAAGGUGGCUAUGGAGGUGGGAUGGCUGCCACCGCACAGAUGCAGCUGGUGGACACGAAGGCCGGAUAGCCCUGGCUCCUGCCCUGCUCCUGUCAUUAUGAAUCUAUUAUUUCUGUCCACUGUUCUAUAAUUUUUUGUCUUGUGAUUGCAUUUCUUUUAUUUUUAAUUAUAAAAAAGAAGUGUGACGGCAGCCUGUUCACCCACCCGUGAUUCUCCAGUGAGACAUUACUGUUCUGCUCUGAAGACGAUACCGCCAGGCGACCCUGCAUUUCCUUCAACUGGCGUGCAUGCCUUUGGACUCUGGACAGAGUUCUUUGGAUUGUAGCUGAACUUUCGAUGUUUAAUCAACAUGGAUCUUAUCUUAGCAUGAUCUGUUUUGCGAAUGCUAGCACCAUUUUGCGAUUUUUCCAUUUUAAACGUUUUCUUUCUGCCUCCAACCCUCUGCCUUAUGAUUUUACUGGUAAGCAAGAACCUGCUGUUAUUUGCUAACUUAUCACCUUUGUGUAUAUUUUGGAAGGUAUGAGACCCACAAGCACAACGAUCAUUGCCUUUGUUUGGAGCUUGGGCCGGAUAGACCUCUGUGUUACAUGGAGUUGCUCUGAUGGGAACCCAGGUGGUGCUAAAGCCAGGCAGCUCUGUGCUGCCCUGGGCCGAGAGGACCUGCUGCAAUUGAGGAAAUUUAGCUGUGGCACUGAGUCACAUGAGUUUCACAGAAAAAGACGACUGUGUAGCUCAUGUCGGAAGUAUGGCUUUCGGUCUAUUUGAGUAGAACUGAAGUAAGAGAAAAGCUUGUUUCCUGAGGCUGUCAUUUGGUUGCCCACGUUGAGUGUAUUUAUUUAGAGAGCAAGGGCCUGUGAUUGUGACUCAGGUGACUGUGCAUCUGAGUGGGGCCGGAAAUGCUCAUGCAGCCUUGUUCUGAGCGUCUCCGUUCUUUGUGAACUUGUCACUUUUAUCUUUGUUUCAUGUUUAAUAUUUUGGUAUCCAGUUGUUCCUGCCAGCAGUGUGUUGAACUUCUGUCCUCAGCAUCUCACUGCAACCGGCAGUCACUGGGCUUCUGGAUUCAACAUAUUUGAAGGCCAUGGAAGUUGCCAAGAGCAACACAGUGACCUGGUGAAUCACUGCCAGUGAGAACAACCUGUGCACUGACACUUUAGGGUGUUGGUAAGAAACCUUUGCGCAGGUUCAAAACGGUUGCAUCUUUCAUAAGUUUUUUGUUGAAACCUGAUGUGCAGUUCAGGCCUAGGACUGGCUUGGAUAGGAGUGACACAUGGGACUCAGUGGAAAACGUUAAGAGGGUUGAGGUCAGAGUGGAGGGGACAGCAGUCCUUUCCCUGUUGUCUCAUUCGCCUCUUGUCCCUCACUUUGUCCCUUUCUUGUGAAAUAGGCAGCAAGAAAUGCUAGGUUUACCGAGGUAAAAACAGAAGCAAUACUCUCCAGCAGAUAGGCACCAGCUGAUUCAGUGCUUGUAUUUCACAGUUUUGAGCCUUCAUAGGUGUUGAUCACAAACACAGGGAGAGUGUUUCAAGGGAAAACAUUCUGCAUUUUAAUAACUUGUAAGGUUUAAUUCAUCUGUUGUCUUUGAUUCACCUGUGGACACUGCAUUCUGGAAUCUGCCUGAGAACCACUGUCACUCUGUUCUGCUGGGGUCAGUUUCCUGCCAGGAACACUGAUGUCUGCACACGCUUUAAGAUGGACUGGAUUUUCUUGGCAUUAUCUGCUCUGAUGCGUUUUGACUUUUAAAAUUAGUACACUUUUAUUGUCCUAUAAUUCCCAGAACAGCAGUAUAGGGAACGAUUGUCCCUUUUCCCAACUUGGAAUUUUAUUCUUGUUCCAGUCGCUGUCAUUUUUGGUGCUCCAAGAGCAGCGUGUCUUGGAACCUGUCAUGGUAAGUGAGAGGUCUUCAGCCUCUCACUGUUCUGCUGCUGCCACUAAUGUCACAGCACAGCACUGACACUGCACACGAGCACAGGCCAGUAGCACCUGGGAAGGGCCCUGGAGAAUCAAGAUCGAAGAAAAACACAAAGGCUAACCUUGGACGGGAGCCUAUUGUGCAGGCCCUGGGGUGUCGGCGGUGUGGAGGGAGGCAGACUUUCCACCUUCAGAUAUGGAACUGUAAGCUCCCUACCAACCUAUCUUAUUUUUAAAUUAAAGCUAAUAAGAUUUUCAUAUCAGAACCCAUUCUAAACAUGUGUAACAACUGGUAAGCAAGACACAGAAUGAAGAUUUACUCACACAGGUUCUGUUAAGAUUUGCAUUCUGUAAAAGAGGUACUUUCCCACGGUGCAGCACGGAGUGGCUGGAGGCACAGAGUGGGGAUGCUGGCUGUGUGAGCUGGACCCCACAGUGCGUGUGAGGCCUGAUCAGCGCACCUCGAGAAACACUCCGAGUACACGAGCGUUCACUGUUGCUGGAUUACAGCUGUUCCAUCAUAGAGAACAAGUUUGCCUUGAUUUUGUUUCAAAUGACUUCUGUGCAGCAUCCAGAAGAUAGAAUUGACAUAUUUUUAUAAUUAUUAUAAGCAUACUUUUUUGUACAUUGUGUUCAUUCUUGAAUAAAGUGAGUUCAGUGUUGGCUUGUAGAUAUUAAAAAGAAUUGAUUUUGAUUCAAUAAAUGUUUUC